AUAUUUUUAAUCCAUUAUUUAUGUAUUGACAGGAAAACAGUCUCACCUGUGAUGCUGGGACCACCCUACAACCACACAAUGGAAACCCCUGCCAUCUUCUUCCUUGUGGGUAUCCCAGGUUUGCAGUCUUCACAUCUUUGGCUGGCUAUCUCACUGGGUGCCAUGUAUAUCAUAGCCCUGUUAGGAAACACCCUCAUAGUGACUGUAAUCUGGAUGGAUUCCACUCUACAAGAGCCCAUGUUCUGCUUCCUGUGUGUUCUGGCUGCUGUGGACAUUGCUAUGGCAUCCUCUGUAGUGCCCAAGAUGGUGAGCAUCUUCUCCUCAGGAGGCAGCUCCAUCAACUUCAAUGCCUGUUUUACUCAGAUGUAUUUUGUCCAUGUAGCCACAGCUAUGGAGACAGGGCUGCUGCUGGUCAUGGCUUUCGACCGCUACAUAGCCAUCUGUAAGCCCCUACAUUACAAGAGGAUUCUCACACCUCAAGUGAUGCUGGGAAUGAGUGUGACCAUCACCAUCAGAGCUGUCAUAUUCAUGACUCCAUUAAGUUGGAUGGUGAGUCAUCUUCCUUUCUGUGGCUCCAAUAUGGUUCUCCAUUCCUACUGUGAGCACAUAGCUGUGGCCAAGUUGGCCUGCUCAGACUCCAUGCCCAGUAGUCUCUAUAGUCUGAUUGGUUCUUCCAUUAUUGUGGGCUCUGAUGUGGUCUUCAUUGUUGCUUCUUAUAGCCUGAUUCUCCGGGCAGUCUUCAGUCUCUCCUCAAAAAAUGCUCAGUUGAAAGCAUUAAGCACAUGUGGCUCCCAUGUGGUGGUUAUGGCUCUGUACUACCUACCUGGGAUGGCAUCCAUCUAUGUGGCCUGGCUAGGGCAGGACAUAGUGCCUUUGCACACCCAAGUGCUGCUAGCUGACUUAUAUCUGGUCAUCCCACCUGCUUUAAACCCCAUUAUCUAUGGUCUGAGGGCCAAACAAAUACGGGAGCGAAUAUGGAGCUUGCUGAUGCACUGUCUCUUUGAUCACUUUAAGAAUCAGUAUGUUUAA